CCCAAUUCCGUUUCUAAUCCUGGGCUAUCCGCCCAUUGCUGAUACAAACCAAAGACGGAGAUACGAAGUAUGGAUGGGCGAGUGCCGAAGUAUACAGUAUGUACCUACUUCACGCAGCACAACCCAGACACGGUCUUUCUUCCGUUCCGGUUCCGUGAGGUCGCAGUGUGAGUCCAGGAAGGCCAAGUGCGUGAAGUAUCAUCUUAUAGCGAGCGUCUUUCUUUCUUUCUUUUUGUUUCCCCCGGUUCUUCUUAGGCGUUCGGGCUCUAGGGUAGGCUUUUCCUUUGCCUCGGACGGGACCUGUCUCAGUGAAUUUUCGGUUCGCCGACUCGCGAGGAGGGUCUCGGUCAAGGGGCGUUUUGCGAUUCAAAGGCACCCCAACCCCCCCCCCCCCCCCGGGGGGAGGGGUUGUCGGGCUGAUGGCUGGGACAGAGAAAAUGAGGGAUGGGGUGAGCGGUAUAGUGAAGUUUCGAGAGGUUACGGAUGCAGAUGGCUUUGCAGAGCGAGCGAGAUCGUUUAUGAUGCUGAUGGCGUGUGAUGGUGUGUAGUUUGGAAAGGUGGAAUGGGCCAAGGUUGAGGGAUGAUGGUAGGGUAGAUCUCUAUUGCAUAUGGCUCAUCUCAAGAUCUGUAGACAUUUUAAGCAUAUAUGGAAAUGGGGUGGAUGUCAUCUCGUCCUUGGCUAUG